UUAUUUGUCAAGGCCCUCUCGCGGAUCCGAAGGAUAGCUCUGUCAGUACUGCGUUAGAGACUUUGGUGUGCAGUACAAUCCACAAUGCAUUGAUUCUUCUCUUACCGCAGGGUCAUACUGCCGCUAGUGCAAUGGAAGCCUUUCCCCAUAAUGUGCAACUUAUUCAGUUUGCCUUGUUCUACUGGUGUGCCCUUGAGAUUUUUCGAAAUAACUACACCGUCGUGGUGAAUGUGGGAUAUGACCUUCUUAGCUUGCACGAAAGACGCCCACUCUCGCCGAAUCUACACGCCGCCUUAUUGUCUUACAUAGUGGAGGCGUUGAUACACCUGAAUGAGCCCGAGCGUGCUCUGAAAGUCCUUCGUCGUUCUUCAUUGUCGAGUCUUGUUGUCGGUUCGUCUUUGGAACCCCUUGACAGCCACCAGCAAGGCCGCGUGGAGGCGCUUUUCAUCAACCUGGCCAUUACGCAUAUCGCAAAUGGUCUGUGGAAUCAGGCUUCCUCGGUUGUGGAGUCGCUCUUGGCGAAGGUGUAUGAGGGCCGGGCGGCGAAGGAAAAGGAAGGAGCGGGCUCGAUUAGCAGCGGCAGUAGCACCGCCAGUAAUCAGGGUGUGAUUCUUGCGUACCACAUGCUAGUCAUCUUCCUCGAGUUGGCGCAGGGCAACCAGGAAAAGGCGCAUGAGGCGUUGCUGCGCGUUUCGUGGGUUGCCUGA